GUCACUUAAUAUUACAAUAUUACAUGCAACAUCAAAUCAUAAAAUUAUUUUGUUUACUUCAAUUAAUUUAUUGUAGUAGUAAAUGAUUGUGUUAUUAUUUCCGAAACAGUCAUUUUAUAUAACAAUUAUAAAACUAAAUAUCUAAGUAUCUCUAGUGUGUCAAGUUUAGUGUUGUUUACAAUUUAAUAUACAAAUUACUUUUCAGUAACCAGAAUAAAAUGUAAAUAGAAUCAACGUACAUAGCGUGUUAUUCAUAAAAAUGGCUUUAUAGUACAACAAUGGCAGGAGAUCAUGAUCGUAACCGUCACAGUAGUGACCGCCACAGGUCUCGGAGCCGCGAAAGGCACAGAAGUCGAGACCGCGAGCGACGCGACCACAGCCGAGAUCGUUACAAGGAGCACGAGCGUGGCCGGGACAGAUACCGGGAUCAGAGCAAGACUCGUGACAGAAAUUAUGGCCACAAUUCCCACAAAGAGUACUCGGGGGGCGGUCUGGGUGGUGGUUUAGGCAGUAGUGGUGGCGUGGGACCAAGAGGUAGAUAUAAACCACAAGAGGAAGAAUUUCUAGACGCGAGGAGAGAGGAGCGGGAGCGAAUUGGUCAAAUUGGUGUCUCCUCAGUAUGGGGCAAGUCACCCACGAGACCUGAUUCAGAAGAUGAGACAUCUCAGACAGAUAUCACAAAUGGUGGCAAAGAGAAAAAGAAAAGCAAGAAGUCAAAAGAUAAAACAAAAGAAAAAGAUACAAAACAGAAAUUAAAGAAACUGAAAAAGAAAUUAAAGAAAGUUAAAAAGGCUCGGAAAAAAGCAAAAAAGAAAUCUAAGAAUUCAAGUAGUGAUUCCGAUUCCAGCUCUGAAGAGGAGGUUUGGGUGGAAAAGGGAAAAGAAGUGGAAAGCGUUCCGGGUGGCCGGUCGUGGAGUGCGGGCGCGGCGGAGGAGGAGCCGGGCCCCGUGCCGCGGGCCGGGCCGGCGCUGGCGGCGCGGGACUUCGGGCGCGCCCUGCUGCCCGGCGAGGGCGCCGCCAUGGCCGCCUACGUCGCGGAGGGCAAGCGCAUCCCGCGCCGCGGGGAGAUCGGACUCACCUCCGACGAGAUCGCCUCCUACGAGGCCGUCGGAUACGUCAUGAGCGGCAGCAGACAUCGCCGCAUGGAGGCCGUGCGUAUCCGCAAGGAGAACCAGAUAUAUUCAGCGGACGAGAAACGAGCUCUCGCCGCCUUCAGCAAGGAGGAGCGCGCCAAGAGGGAGAACGCCAUCCUCUCGCAGUUCAGGGACGUGCUGCAGGCGCGCGCGCAACGCCGGGACACAUGACUCUACUCGUGAUAUUCGUAUUGUAAUAAAUAACACCACACU